AUGAAUAGAAAGAAAAAUACAACAUCAGUUCCUACACUGCCUUAGAGUAAAGUUAAUCCAUAAUAUUUGGCUCCUCCCCCAUAAUAAUUGAGUCCUAAUCAAUCAUAUUCCACAUUCAUCCCUCCUGAACCUAAAUUCGAUCCAAACGAUUAUAUAACAGGAUCAACAACCAAGAGAGAUAUCAUUCUCUAUAAGGAAAUAUUCGAUUUUUUGGAUUCUAACAACAAUGGGGUUAUUCAACCAAUGGAUUUGAGAAAGGCAUUUGCUAGUGCUGGUAAAUAUUAACCAAAAAAGUAAAUUAUUUAUCAAAUGAUUGCUGACUUCGAUUAAGAUCAAAGUGGUAUUAUUGAAUUUAGAGAGUUCGUAAGAAUGAUGUCCAUGAAUCCAGGAGAAAAAGAUACUGAUGAAGAUUUUGAGAAUAUCUUUUAUCAAUUUGAUAUAGAUUACAAAGGUUAUAUAUCAAUAGAUGACCUCAGAGAAAUGGCAUCUGAAUGCAAUGAGAAUUUAAAAGAUGAAGAUUUACAAAAUAUAAUCUAAUCUUGUGAUCCUGAAGGAAAUGGCACUAUCAGAAAAUAAGCAUUUAUUAGGUAUAUGAAAAGUGCUCAAAAGAAAAGAUGA